GUAAACAAAACAGCAUCGCCAAAAUUGUAUAACUUCCAAUAUUAUUUAAACACUUUAAUAUUAAGAUCAUGUGACGUAAAUAUGACGUCAUAGUGUCAAAAGAAAGUUAGGUCACCGCUUCAUAAAUAAUACUUAAUUUGAAUACUCCCAUUUAUUAUACCUAGAGAAUUAUUAUUUUAGGAAUUGUGGUCUAAUAUUUUACAAACUAAAUUCGUAUUUUAUUAGAACGGUAUUUUAUACUACUAUAAUAAAUAUUAAAAAGGGUUAAAGCUAAUAUUUAAGGGUGAUAAAAAUGAAAGAGUUGUGCUACUUUACUUGGUUUUUAUUAAGUUUUGAUAUGUUAUUUGCAAAAGAAUUGGAAAUGCCGGGUAGUUGUCAACUGGGGUAUUAUUACGAACCUAGUACCCUUGGAUGCCUGGCCUGUCCUGCUAAUGCUUCCAUGGUACCUUCUGCAGACGUUACUCAAAACGUAGACGGCUCGCCUCUCAAAGAGGUUCAAUGCGUGAAAUGCGCGCGCGGCUUUAGACCAAUAAACAACGUUUGCGCACGCUGCGAGUCGUGCACAUGCGCAAAGAACCAGAUCAUUGUUCGAGGCAUCUGCAUAUCUAAGAUAUAUGUAAACUCUAGACCGAAGUAUGAAGAGAACAGUUUACAUCCACUGGCCCUUCUGGAUGUCGUUAAACAUGAGUAUUUAUGUAUGGACUCUAUACUAAUAGCGGCAGCAGUGUUCUCAAUAGACGGCCGAUUUAAAUUUAUGAAGGACACAAACCAAGAUCACAAUACGUCGUGCCGUCUUCCUGUUAAAAUUAGAAUCGGCCGAGACUUCUAUCGCGAUUGCAUCAUAAAUGUAUCGAAGCUUACCGAAGAUUUGAACGAGACGAUAUCUCCUUAUCUGUAUGCUGAAGGAAAACUCGUGCAGAUACCAGUUUAUCCUAGGAAACCUAAUGGACAACCUAUACAGAAAGGCACCUGGAUUUCCAGUAAAUUCAAACGGUUCUUCUUAAUGGAUGGAUCUCUCUCAAUAGUUACAAAUACCACGAACUACGUAUACUUGCGCACAAUGGAGAUUAAACUACAAAUUGAACGAGACAAAGCCAGUCCAAGCUCUCUACGAGUACAAGUAUCAGUAGAACUCAGUUACGCAUCGAAGUCACCUCUCUCAGAGUCUGUCACCACGACUUUAAAGGUGGUACAUGUAAUGCCUGAAGCUGGAGUUCAUCGCGGAUUAGAGAUAUGGGGCGGAGUGCUAGGCUGCCUACUGACUUUGUACGCGAUGGUGCAGUGGCGAGGAGUGGCUGCUUGGUUCUCCACCCUACAUGCCCUGGCGGCGGAGGCAGGUACGCUCGGGUUGACGUUACCACUAUCAAAUGCUGAGGAACGCAUCAUAAUGGCAUUCGUAUACACUGCUGUAUCGUUAAAGGCUGUUAAAGUAGCAUGGAUCAACUUCAACCAAUGUCGAUGUGAUGUCUUCUUUUUGGAUUGUCAAGGCUACAAAUGGGCAGUAGCCACAAUAGCCUGGUGGAGUUCAUACAUCACGCUGCUGUCUUCCCGAUGGGUGGUCGACAGGGCACUAGGGUCCCCGACUGCUGCCUUAGCGAAGAUCUGCAGCAGUGUCGGACUAUCGCUGUUGGUGUUUGAAGAGGAACACUACGCUCAUUAUAUUCAUGGACGCGGGACCACUAGCUGCGUGUCGGGUGGCCUGCGCUCCACAACUCAGGCUCUGGACGGCCUCAGCUGGGUUGCCAGUGAACGCACUGUAUUCGAACGUUUACUGAACGUGGAACUGAAUACUAGAGAAGCUGGCAACACUAGUACUCUCCUUUACGACCCAGAUGAGAGCACACCUUCGUGUUUUGCUGUAACUUGGUGGGGAGAAGAAUGGUCCCUGGCAACGUUUGAAGCCAUGCUCUUCGGCAGCCUGAUGAUGGCGACAAACGAGCCUUUGAUAGCCGCUCUGGUCACUCUUUUAGUGUGGCAGACAAUGAUGCGACUACGGAGAGGAUUCGGAAAUAGGAAUCAGCGAGAAAAAACUGAUAUCCAAAUGUAAUAAGACACAAGGAACCUGUCCUGUUAAGAUGCGCUCACAAUCUUUAGUUAUACUUUUCUGGGCAAUAUUCUGCGGUGAAGUAGUCAUCCCACGGAAAAUAAGAAGAUCUCGUGAAAGCGUCAGUGAUAGUGACAGUGAUAGUGAUAGUGAUAGUGACAGCGACAGUGAUAGUGACUGUGAUAGUGAUAGUGAAAGUAGUGACGACAUAAGCGAUGUACACGACAAUCAACAUGGAAUGUCAAUUAAUGUGGCAUAUAGCACAACCAAUGCUCCACCUCCCAGGCAUAAACGUCAUAAACGAACCAAAUACGUGAAAUUCAUUACUCUUCCUCCGCCUGUCCCGAUAUUUACAACGGCCCCUCCAGACUCUAAGUUACCACGAGGACCUUACUUCGGCUUCCUAAGAAAUAUUUGUAAUGCAUUGCUCUCCCCUAAGUUUAACGUUAAAUACCUCGGAAAUUAUUAUCAUAUACUCGGCAAAAGUCUCAGAGGAUUCGGCAUUAAUUAUAUACAAAAAUUAUGGAUAAGAAGAUUCCGAAGAAAACUGGAAAAGUACUCUAUUUAUAACAGAAGGACGCUGAAAUCGAAAGCACAGGCAUUUCUGGACUUCAUAUCUGAUGAAAAACCUAAAAAGAUCGCAUACUUCGAGGCCAUGGAUGCUAUUUAUACAAUAAACGAUGAUAGGAAAAUGGAUGAUUAUGUAUAUUUACUCAAAAAUUAUGGGAAAGGAGUUGUUCGACAUAUAAAAGAUGAAACAAGACGCAUAUUCGAGCGUAUUAUUUUCGGCAGAUAUGACCGACUAGAUAAAGGCGUCCAAGGAAAAAUCGAACUAAAAUUUAAAUCAGCCUUAGUCGAAUACUGGGAGAACAGACUUAAUAGAACAUCUAAUUAUAAUUCCACACUGGGCCAUCUGUUUAAUUUCACAUUCAAUCUACCGCGAAAUUGAUUUAGUCUUUCUACAUCACUAAUGUGAAUUUGUCAUAUUUCCAUGAAUAGUAGACAAGCGAGCCACCGGUGCGGUGUAACCAUGCGCUCGUUGUAUUCAAAUAUUAUUUUCCUCGCGUAUUCUAUCAAUAUAGGCACUGCAAUUAGUAUUCAAGGAAUAAUUGAUACCAAGAACGUCAAUAGUCCACUGCUGAGACUGGCAUCUUGGAACGUAGAUCCCAAAGUCAAGAGUGAAGGAAUUUUCGAGAGGUUUGUAAGGAAUUAUCUCGACAUGAUGUCAACAGCGUUGACUGGUAGACAGGUCAUAAGAUUUUGCAGGAUGAUGAGUAAAGAACUGAGUCGAUUGAAUUUCUCAUACACAGACAAAUUAGCGAAACAUUUCAGAUAUUUGUCGAGAAUGUAUCGCGACGAUGUUACACAACAAAUGGAGGAAUAUAGAAAAGAAUACGACGAAAAGUUACCGAAACGUCAAGUGUUCAUGGAGGCCAUGAACGAUAUAUUCACAUUGCAGCAUAACUUGAAGUUCGACGACUACAUACAACUUAUGGUGGACCUCGGCAACGAACAUACUAAUAUACAAUUGAUACAAGUUCAGACCAAGAAACUUCUGGAAAUGAUAGUGGACUGCGUUCACAAAUUGAGUAAAAAGGAGCAAAGAUUGUUAAAAAAGAAAUUAGACCUGGCCAUUAAAGAAUAUAAUUAUUGAAUAAGUUAUCCGGAUAUCGCUACAUAAUGUACCUAUUUAUGUGACCCUCUUCGUAAGUUAAAUGGACCGCCUUUUCGCAGGAAUAAUUUUAUGCAGUACC